AUGGCGAAGUUCAACGUGGUUCAGAAAAGAAGAAGAGCUCUUGUUGCAGAGAAAAAGAGACAAAUUCACGGCGACCCAAUCACCGGAAAGCUUAAAAUCAGGAAGCAGAACGUUUCUCUAUCCGGUAAACGCAAGCGCAAGCUCUUCAAACAAUGGCGUCGGGAACAAAAGGAUGCUUUAGAGAGUGGCAUAGUAAGCAUGGAAGAUGUGCAAAUGGCGGUUGCGAAAGGGGAAACCAAAGAUAGCACUGCUUCAUCUUCAGGAAAAUUUCACUUGAAAAAGGGUUUGAAACUUAAACAGCUUAAGCGCAAAGGGAAGAACAAAAGAAAAUCUGAUGUACCAGCUACCGAAAUAUCAGCUGAUGCAAAUGCAAUGAUGGAAUAA